UGACUUUCAUUUUGUUUUUCUCGCUGAAACUGAAAUGAUUAGAAGGCAGUCGGUGACGGAGUCGAAUAUUAUUUUUGAUCGGUUGCAUUGAAAAGUUGGGAAAAAAAGCGAAAUUUUUGUAAACCUCGUUGUGAAACUAUAACGUGUAAUAAAUAAUCCGAAGAAAGAUUUACAAAGAAGCAAUAAGAUUUGCUUCGUUAAAAAAGGAAACGAAUAAGUAGAAGUUAAAAGUGAAAGAGGAAAAGAAAGAAAUAGAUAGCCGAAGCAAAUUUUGGAGAAAAGUUAACGGAAGAAGAAGAAAUUGUGCGGUGUGCAUUUCAGUGCUAACGGCGUGAAAGGCGAAAGAAAAAGCAAGCCAGCUAGCAUUAGAGAAAGGAGCAGAGCAGCGUGUGCUUAGUAAGAAAUAUUGAAAAGAAUUUCCCAACGUAUCCACGGAACCGCACACAACAACCGUAAAAUAUAUGUGGCGGAAACGCUCUCGUGAGUUGAAUAACUGAUCGUAACUGUGCCCCUAGAGUACAACUAGAAGCCAAAUAGAAAAGCCGACGAGAGAGCAAAUUGUGUUUUGUACCGAUUAUUGCAAAUUCUCUUCACUCGAAGUGAAAGACAAAUAAAAAAAAUAUUAACGCUGAAAACAUCAACAGCCCUAUUGUCGAUCAGCGACAUUGCGAUACACAAACAACUAAAUGAAACGCGAGUUAAAUUGAAUGCAAAAUAGAAUCGGCAGCAACAGCAACAGCAGCAGCAAGACGGACGCAGUAACAGCAAUAACAAAAGUGCCGAUAGAGUGUAGUUUGCAUGGUUUUUUCGGAGCACCCAAGAGUGUGAAGUUGUGUGUAUUGGAGUAAAGAACUGCGUGAUUUUUUUAACGUUUCUUGUUGUCGUCUCUUGACCCAUUUUGGAGUAUUUCAAAGCAAUUGCAGCUUUUGGAAUAAAAACAAACCGAAUUAAAAAGCAAAAAUAAGAAUUUCAAUAAAUAGCAAAACACUGCUGAGCAGACCUUUAGAAACUGUAAUAAUUGUGGAUUCUGAUUUACCGUUUUUUUAAAAGCCAAUAACCGCUGAAGAGCUAUUCAUCAAAGAGCGUCAUAUUGCUACUAAUUUAAACUUUCCAGAAGCGAGUUUGUGUUAAAAAGGCCGCUUUAAUGAUGUCGUCCGAUCAACAGUUUUUCCUAAAAUGGAACGAUUUCCAAACGAAUAUGGUGACCUCGUUCCGGCACUUGAGGGACGAGAAGAGCUUUACAGAUGUGACACUUGCCUGCGAGGGACAAACUUGCAAAGCGCACAAAAUGGUUCUAUCCGCAUGCAGCCCGUAUUUCAAAGCACUUUUAGAGGAAAACCCUUCGAAGCACCCCAUCAUUAUCUUGAAAGAUGUCUCGUACAUACAUCUGCAAGCUAUAUUGGAAUUCAUGUACGCCGGCGAAGUGAAUGUAUCGCAAGAGCAACUGCCGGCCUUUUUGAAAACUGCUGACCGCCUCAAAGUGAAAGGUCUGGCAGAAACCCCUAGUUCCAUAAAACGGGAAGGUUGAUGGUGGUAAAUAAUUUUAAUAAAAUAUGUAUACAUACGACUAUAUAAUACAACAAUAAAAACAAAAUACGCCUACAACUAUUAAUAAGCAAUGAAUAUAAAUUUAAUUGAACGUAAAUAAAAGCAGAUACAAUUCUAAUUUAAAUGCGUAAAGUUAUUCGUAAUUGCUAAUUGAUAAUUUAGUAAACUGCUAAAGAUACAAAAAUAAUACUACUUAUAGCAAUGCAAAAACAAAAAAAAAAAAGAUUGACUCAAAAAGAGAAUGCACAGCGUAUUAGUGUAUGUAUGUAUUAAAAUUUGUUUAAUUUAAUUGAUAUUUUGUACGCUUUCGGUGAUUUUGAACUAAAUUUCUGAAGAAAAUUAAAAAUUCGUAAGUUUUAUUUGAAUUGUUUUAAACCUCAGAGCAAUCAAUGCAUGGUUAGCGUUGUAGAUCAUAAACAUGGACUAAUCAAUAAAUUUUAUUUGCCACGAUCGCUUCAAUAAUCUCCUUUGAAAUUCACUUAAAUAUAUGUAUAUUACUCAUAACAUGUCAUCAGCAAACCUAAAAUAUUGUUCCGCAAAAUGGCUAAUUUAUAUAUCUUUAAUUUGCACAAUUAACGCGAGCAAAUUUAUCUAAAGAAAAGAAGAAAACGCACUAUAUGCCACAAGUUGGAAAGUAUAAAGAGUUUUGUAGUGUAUAAUGUAACUAAUGAUAAAAAUAUAAUUAUAAAUAAUACUGUAGAAUGCUAAAUGAAUUUGACAAUGUGUAAAAAGGCGAAUGAAAGGGUUAAGCAAAAACACUAUGAAUGGGAUUGUACCUCCUGUUUAGAUAUAAUAAGCUACCAUUUUAGAGUUGCAAUUAUUCGUACAUUUAUACCACAUACAAUAAUACAUAUAGACAAGAAGCGAGCGCAAGUUACAAAACAAUUCAAGCUCAUGGCAGAGAAGUCAAACUAAUACUUUUCAGUUAACUAUUAGGAAAAUUAAUAAUUUUGUAUUUGUUUUAAUUUUACAUUUAAAAAUUUGCAAAAAUAACAAGCAGUCUAAUCACCGAUGACCUUAGAAAUUGGUAGAUAUUAUAAAAAAUUCCUAUAAUUUAACUCGAUGUAUUUAUGGUAUUUAAAAUGAAACAUCCAAUCAUAUUUGCGCACUUUUGACAAUGACACUUGUAUUUUUAGCAUCAAUAUUCCUACAAGUUGGAUUAAAAUACAAACUGUUUCCAUUAAAGCAUAUGAUAUAUUGAAUUAAAAACAAAUACUGUCGAAGUUGUUUUGUAAAAAGUCCAUAAAUAUAAAAUUUCAACAAAAAAUUAUAGUGCCGUAUUGGAUUUAAUGAGGAGGGGCGCAAUAAUUUUCCAAAAACUCAUUCACUCUACUUACGGCACAUUUGAUAGGGAAGUACUAAGCAAACAACUAAAACCGUUUCUCUCCUGGUAUUUGCUGAUGCAAAAACAUUGCAAGUUAAAUAGUCAAAAUAUAUACAGGUUAUUUAUUUUGACACUCAUAGUACUAUGGUAAAUAUUUUCUUCUCCAUGCAUACAAAAUCUCUGAAAGAAGGGGUUACUUGUUUUACAGUAACAAAUUUAAAAUUCUCAACUAAUUUCAAACUCAUUACUACCUAAAGUGCUAAGGCGGCUCUUCCACACAAUAAAAUCCAUGCCAAAAUAAUGUUUAAUCUCAACAAAAGCCGAAAACACAGAAAUGACCCAAUCGCUAUUGUAACAUAUUAGUCUUAUUAUUUAAAUAUUAUUUACUUGAUAAUUUUGUGUUCAGUGAUUUAUGUUUGCGUUCAAUCUGGUUUAGCGAGGCAUAAUUUACCUUUAUCACAAUAGCAAAUAAGCAUUUUUUAUUUAAAAUAUAACGGAUUUAUUCAUUAGAGAUGUGCAUUAUGACGGAUGUAGCGAACUUAUUUCCACCUAAUAAAAAUGAUUUGCCGCAUAGAAAAACAGAAGGAAAUACCAAACAUGAUCGCUAUUGACUUUAAAAUUAAUUACUGUUAAUGCGGAA